AGUUGUAAGCUAAUUCACUAGAUAAAUCCAUGGACCAUGCUAACAAGCCAAUCAGGCGAUUCUGGCCUAGGGUUAUUUGAUCUCCAUAGUGCUCCUUCUUUGGCCCUGUUUUUCCGUUUGCCUGUCAUACGGCCUUCCGUUUUCUGCUCCGCUAAUUCGACGACCUUCCUCAAUCUCAUCUCCUUAUAUCACUCCAUUCCACACGAGCUCUGUCGCUACUUUUCCCCUUUUCUCUACUUUUCGGUGGGCGAGAUUUUUUUUCAACAGGAGAUCCUUGCUGCAAGUUAAUUUGAGUUCCCGCUUCCCUUUUUGCUUUUAAAAUAUGUCUUGGUGUACAAUCGAAUCGGAUCCUGGCGUCUUCACUGAACUUAUCCAACAGAUGCAAGUGAAAGGAGUGCAGGUAGAGGAACUGUAUUCUCUGGACAUAGACACUCUAAACGAACUAUGGCCAGUUUACGGGCUGGUAUUCUUGUUCAAAUGGAGACCCGGCGAAAAGGAUGACCGUCCCGUCAUCAAGGAUCAAGUAUCGAACCUUUUCUUUGCUAGCCAGGUUAUCAACAAUGCUUGUGCAACCCAAGCCAUCCUUUCAAUUCUGAUGAACUGCGCUGAUGUCGACAUCGGGCCCGAACUCUCGUUGCUGAAAGAAUUUACGAAGAACUUCCCUCCCGAACUCAAGGGCCUCGCCAUCAAUAACAGCGAAGCGAUUCGCACGGCUCACAACAGCUUCGCAAGACCCGAGCCUUUCGUCCCCGAUGAGCAGAGGGCCGCAACCAAGGAUGAUGACAUCUACCACUUCAUAAGCUACGUCCCCGUGGAUGGGGUUCUGUACGAGCUCGAUGGACUCAAGGAAGGUCCGAUCAGUCUCGGCAAAUGUUCCGGCGAUAACGGUGAUUCGGAAUGGCUCAGAAUCGUGCAGCCGGUGAUUCAGGAGCGAAUUGAGAGAUAUUCUCAGAACGAGAUUCGGUUCAAUCUUAUGGCGAUAGUGAAGAACAGAAAAGAGAUGUACACGGCGGAGCUGAAGGAGCUUCAGAGGAAGAGGGAAGUGCUUCUGCAGCAGUUAAACGAGCAGGUAAGCAGCGGGAACAAGCAGCCUGCUGCUGUUGACGCCCUUAACAAAACCCUCACGGAGGUGACAUCGGGGAUUGAAAAUGUGACCACCAAGAUUAUAAUGGAGGAGGAGAAGUUCAAGAAGUGGAAGACAGAAAAUAUUAGAAGGAAGCACAAUUAUAUUCCGUUUCUGUUCAAUUUCCUGAAGAUUCUUGCGGAGAAGAAACAAUUGAAGCCGCUGAUUGAGAAGGCUAAACAGAAAAGUGGAAGCCCUAGGUGAAUGAAUAUCUUGAAUGGCUUUUUUCUUUUUCUCCUCAUGUUUGUCUUGAGGCUGUUGUGCAUUUAGGGAGAAGGAAUUUAUAUAUAUAUUGAUGGUAUUUAGGGGUUUUCGAGUUCUUAAGCUUUGUUGUAGAUUAAAGAAAAUCAUUUGUGUUAAUUCUGAAUCAGGCAUGUUUUAGAGCUUUGGAAACUUGAAUUUUUGGA